GACAGCCUCGUAUCAAAAGCAAGCAGCUAAGUAGCGUUAGCUCGCAGCAACGGCAUCUCCAGGCCAACAGUUGGCCCACAGCUGGUUGGUCGGCACUUUAACUUCAAGAAAACAACACAACUGAGUCAACACAACUGCUCGGACCCACUUUCGCUUAAAAGCUUCCAAGCCAUGGCAUGUGGAGCCACCCUAAAGAGAACCAUGGAUUUUGAUCCGCUGAUGUGCCCCGCGUCCCCUAAAAGACGGAGGUGCAUCCCGGUGGCUCCAUCGACUUCUUCCCCGAGGAGGUACCUCAGCAUGGAGCCCUCGCCAUUCGGAGAGUCGUCGUCAAGACUCAGCGCAGAACAAAUCCUGAACAACAUCAAACAGGAGUACAAACGUAUUCAGAAGAGGAAACAUCUAGAUGCAGGCUACCAACAACCAGAAUGCUGCUAUUCUCCAGAGUCCCCUUCCCAGCUAUCUAUGAAUGUAUCCAGCAUGCCAGGGACAUCUUCAGGUGGGGUUUCUCCAAGCAGAAAAGAACAGCCGCUGUUUACCCUCAGACAAGUUGGAAUGAUCUGUGAACGCUUGCUGAAAGAAAGAGAAGACGAGGUGCGGGAGGAAUAUGAGGAGACAAUGACUUCAAAAUUGGCAGAACAAUACGACACCUUCGUGAAGUUCACACAUGAUCAGUUAAUGCGACGAUUCGGGGAGCAGCCUGCAAGCUAUGUUUCCUGAGUGGGGCACAGAGCCUUUGCCAGAAGACCUCCUCCUGCUGCAAGCUGUCAUGUGAUCUGUCAAAGAAAAGUUCUCAUCCUAAGAGAUUUAAUUUAGCUAGUUUAAAUGAAACUUUUCUGACUGUGCCAUAUAUCCGUCAUUGGGCGAAGGUUUAUGUGAAGCGGUUGUCGGCACUCGUGUGAGCAACCAGGUGCUUCCUGGUGUAAAUUAAUGGACCCUAUCUCUACGAGUGGCCUGUUAUCCCAGCUGUACGUGGCGCUACAGUUAUCUCACUUUUUGUAUCGAUUCCCAGCAUUCCAGGCUUCGUCUGUUAUUUCUGUUACAUGUAAAUACACUGAGGCGCUGCAGAGUUUUACAAGGUUUGCUGGUCAAUCUGUAAGGAAGUGAAACAGGUUGGAUGGUGUGGUUCUGUGCCAUGUCCCUCAUUCAUUGCUUUUUAAAUUAAACAGAGUCGGAAACUG